UCCAGAGGCUUAGCAGCAACCAUCCUUACGAAAACGCUACAUACGGCAACCCCUAACCAAGACCCUGAACAGCCCCAAGCGCCGCAGGGUCCCUCUGUCGAUCGUGGGUCUGCGUCGGAUUGUACUUGAAACAGCACUCAAGACACCUCUGGCGGUGCCAUUGUCUGGCCCCCCACCAUACAUAAUAACACAAGCAGCACUUGCACUUGCACUUUCCGCUUCGCCUCCUUUGAUUUUGGAUUCCUCUCACGACAACCCGAUUGUCUGCUCUCACCAUACAUACCAUAACCAGCACCUGCGCUUCCGAGUCGUCGUCUUCUUCUUCCCUUUGCAUUCAUCCCACGACGGAACCGCCCCCUCUAUUCUCCACCCAACCCGUACAUCUCGUUGCAAAAAGCAAGCCACCAUGGGUAUAUUUAGCAAGAAGAAAGAAGAAGAAGACACUAGCCGUCAAGCUCUCUUCGGGAACAAGAGUGUGACCAAGGCUGCGGCAGUCAACCCCUAUGCGAACGCGAACGAUUCGUACAGCCAACCGCCUCAGACAGGCGCUCAGUCAAGCUAUCAGCGCUAUCAGACAGCAUCAUACGGAGGAUUGCCAGGCGGCCCUCAAGCUGCCGCUGGGGGCCUUCCCAAUGGGCCCCGUGGCGGUGCACCUCCGACUCGCAAUCCCAGCACCGCUUCGGAAUCCGCGCCACCUCCACCAUACGCUGCCCCGUCUUCUGGGUAUGGCUCAGACCGCCACGGCGCGCCGGCAGGUUAUGGAAGCAACAGAUAUGGCGACGAAAAGAAGCGUCCCGGAGGUUAUGGCGGACUUGGGCCGGCCAGCAACGAGCCAGACGAUACCGCACGUGAUGAUCUCUUCGGUGGCGCGAGACAAAGAGCGCAGCAAAAGCAGCAAGAGCCCAGCGACGAUUAUGGUGCUUCCGGUUCAGGUGCCACGGGCGGUGAAUCGUAUGGCGGAUAUGGAUCGCGUCGAGAAUUAACGGCGGAGGAGCAAGAGGAAGAAGAGGUGGCUGGGAUCAGACGGCAGAUCAAGGAGACAAAGUUGGCAUCUGCCAACUCUGCGGAGAACAGCGAACGUAUCGCAAACCAGGCCGUCGAGACCGCCCUUGGAACCUACGCUCGGUUGGGCGCACAGCACGAACGACUCAAUUACACCGAAGGCUUAUUGGACAAGGCUAGUAUGAGCACGCGUGAGGCGGAGAGUUCCACCAAGAAACUCAAGCACCUCAAUAGAAGCAUGUUCGCCGUCCACGUAAACAAUCCUUUCACAUCCGGGAAGAAAACUCGCGAGCUGGAGCAAUCGAUACUAGAGCAACACCGCGCCGAUCGCGACCUUCGCGAAGCGACCCGAAAAGCAGGAUGGCAAGCCAACGAUCACAUGGAGCGGGGCUUCAAGGAAAUCGAAGCGGCACGUAGCACAGAUAAAUGGAAGAAAUCUAGUGCUGCUGAGAAAAACAAGUAUUCCUUCGAGGAUGACUCUGAAGACGACGAAGCCGAAGGGCGCAUUGAUUCCGCAAUGGAGAGAACGGCACAACAUGUCGGCACCCUUAACAGUGUUGCGAGAUUGAUGCAAAAAGAGAUCGAUUCCCAAGACCAGCUCAUAGGAAGACUUGGCGAGAAGAGCGAUGCAGUCAACGACCAGGCGAAGCUCAACACCGAAAGAUUGCGGCGAAUUCACUAGAUUGGCGAGGCUAUGCUUCCUGGAUUCGGCAUUGUUCAGUUUGGUUUCUAGUUCAUACAUAGUAGAGGCGUUCUUCUGGGUUGAAUUCCUAAUCAGUGUGAGGCCAAUCAUGGUUAGAGAAUUGAAUAUCAUGCAUUUGUUCUAUGUAGUUCGUCUAACCUCCACCGCCUGCCAGAUAAAACGUAAAUGGAGCUCAGGGGACUGCACAGUAUUCGUACUGGCUCGUGCAAACUGUACACUGUAUGACCCACAAG